GUUCGCAUUCGUUUUCAAUCUUGUAGCGCUUAUAGUUACCAUCGUUUCAUAUGGUUUCUUCGAGCCAUGUGUGCCGCAUGUGGCUUUUGUGGCUGGCAUGGCCCUCGAGAAGUGCAGCACAGGAGAGCGUCUGGAUUUUUCGCUAUUUUGUGGAAAGGAUGGACUGCAAAGUGGGGACUGGCGAGGACAACCUUUGGAACGACCUGGCUGCUUACCUUCAGCCACAGGCAGCGUCUCUAGAACGCCUCAUCGUUCUGAGCAGCACCCUGGAGGAUGUUUUGAUGCCCUUUGGCAUUGUUGAUCCCACGGUAGCCCUGGGCUGCCCUCUUGGAACCAGUGCUGCGCUUCAGGAGCUUGCAUCGAUGUGUGUGCAGCUAUUCAACGAGCGUUGUAUUCAACGCGGCCUCAGGCUCCUCCAUUUGUCGAAGCUUUUCAUGCUUUUUCAGUUCAACGACUUUGGAGCCUGGUUUAGCUUCUCUCGCUGGCGGACAGACAUGCAACGCAUCGCUAGUGCCUCACAGGAGCUGCACCAAGUUGCCAAGAGCGCGGCAAGCAUUGGCGCCGUCGAUGUCAUCGAUCCAAGCUUCAAGCAGCCAGACUGGCGAAUUGGUUUGGUGACCUACUGCAACUACAACAAUAGUGCCACGAAUCUGACAGCACAGUCACGGAGCAGCAAAGGUGCCUAUGCGAAAAGGCACGGCUACAAGCUAUUGCACAUUGAAGAUCCCUUCGUGACGCAGGCACAUCCUUGGAUGAACAAAUUGAUCGCUAUUCAGAGGAACCUACAGGACUAUGACUGGCUAUUUUGGGUGGACUGCGAUCUUUUCUUCAUGAAUCCAGAGAAGACGGUAGAUGCGCUGAUCCAUGCAGCCUUCAGCAGGACACCUGAAGCCUCGCUGCUGAUUGCGGAGGAUGGAAUGAUGCUGAACAGCGGCUCGUUCCUUCUUCGGAACAAUGCCUGGGGCAAGGAUUUUCUAGCAAGGACUGUGGAUUUGCUGUCUGCACCUAUGCCACAGUCCUUUCAGCAUAUGCCAUGGCAUGAACAGGCACCACUGAUGUAUUUGGGCUUGGUACCUUCGGUUUUGGAAGGUCUUUCGUCCAACGAAAUGCUGACGCCUGGCUAUGACUUGCAUGUGGUACUCCUGAGGCAGAGGGCUUUGAAUUCCUACCCUCAAGAGUUGGUGCAGAAGACUCAACAUGCUUUGGUACCCCCGGCCUUGGGGAACGAGCGACAGCAGUUUUCAGCAUUCACAGGUGGUCCAUAAAAGGUUAUAUAAGGCAGAGGAAUUUAGAACAUACUUGCUUGUUGAGUUGAGUGCAUUGCAAAUUGUAAGGGGUAGUGGGCAUUUGGCUUUGUAGACCUUAAGUAGUUAUUCUUGUAGAAACCCAAGAGACCCCAAACUGGUGCAGUUUGUACUCGUCAGCUACUCAAUUACAAAGUUCUUCGUUAAGACUCGGUGCAGUCUAAUUCAAGCAUAUACUGUACAAAUGCCAGGGGCUACACUAGUAGCUUCUUGCUCCUAGUAUUAAUGGCCUCCAACCUACUAGCGAUGUCUACUUCAAGGAUAUACGGUAUAUAUAACUACUGUCCUGUUUCAUUCUCCUGUAACUAGUCUAAUUACGCGUAGCAUUCUCAGUGUAUCUGUGUCCUCCCUCGGCUACGCUGCGCAGCCUCACGAGGGCUUUCAGGAUGGUGUCCCAACCUGAGUUGACAGGGAGGAUGUUCUUCGACGUUUAUGAUGAUACACAUCAGAUUGUUUACAUUUUUGUACUUAAAGUAAGAUUGUUUUUUCUUGUCCUUUUUAACAUCAUAUUUAUACUUUGUCUUUUUUCUUUUCAGGUCGUUCCGGUUUCCAAGAUGAGACAAAACUUUAGUCCUUUGGAACUCAUCCUUUUCAAACUUAUUCUCCAAAUUACCAUUGGACUUCUUUUGUUCAAAAGCUACUUUUCUUAUCUUCUUUUGUUUUCCUUGUGCGUAUUUCUACAUGCUUUAGUACCCUAUUACCCUCGCGCACCUGCUCUUACGCUGAAAGAGAAGAUGAAGCCCGUCUUUAGCACUUUUCAGUUCAGUUGUCAAAGUUGUCAUCUCCCAGAAGCAGGUUGGAGGCCAUCGCUAGGUUGGAGGCCAUUGAAUUCUAGGAAAAAGUGGUCUCCCAGGAUCUUGUCAUCUCCUUCAAUGGUUGUUCUUCCGUUCUCGGGCGGGAGUUCUGCGAGGAUAUGUAUCAGCGCUACCAUGACGAGUCGAUCUUGCGCCUGACAGACAGUUUGCUUGACGAGAAGCGUGUCCACA